UAUCCAUGGUCUGUCUAUGCCCUUAGCUUGUCUACGUACACUUUCAUCUCCAUCAAAUCGAAUAGGAAGAUCCAUCAAGAGAUCGAUCGGCGAGUAGCAACAAGAUGGCAUCCCAUCACCUCAUCACUCUCGCGGCCAUUGUGCUGCAGCUGCAGCUGGCCGUGGUCUGUCCCGCCGCCGCCGGCGACGGAACCAUGCACCACCUUCACUUCUUCAUGCACGACGGGUACACGGGCCCGCGCCCCACGGCGGUGCUGAUCGUGAACGGCACGGGCGCCCCGCUGAUGUCCGGCGGCGUGCGGUUCGGCGACACGGUGGUGAUGGACGACGUUCUGACGGAGGGCCCGAGCCGCGCGUCCAGGGCCGUGGGCCGCUCGCAGGGCACCUACGUGACGGCGUCCAUGGAGGAGGGCCGCCCCGCGAUGCUGCUCUCCAUGAACGUCGUGCUCACCGACUACCCCGGGUACACCGGCAGCACGGUGGCGGUGAUGGGCCGGAACGACGUCACGGCGGCCGUGCGCGAGCUCGCCGUCGUCGGCGGCACGGGGAGGUUCCGCAUGGCUAGGGGGUACGUGCUCUGGAAGACGGCAAGCUGGAAAGGAAAGGACGCCGUCCUCGAGCUCGACGUCUACCUGCGCGCCUGAUCCCAUCGUACGAGCAUGCAUAUACCAUGUACGUACGUACGUGUGUUACUUCGUUCUUACUUACUAGGCCGGCCUGUAUCAGAUCAGCGGCCACAAUAAAACUCGGCCGUUAAUUACUGUGUUUUAUCCCAGUCCUUCGAUUUGGAACCAAUUUAUAUUCAGCAUGUACGUGUCACUUACGGGGAGAUGUCCCAGCUGUACUUAUGGUCGCAUGGGUUAUCUCAAUCAUUCAUUCCUUUUUUAAGA